AUGCCCCUCACAUUUUCCUCCUCCGCCGCAACCGUUGCCGUUGCUUCUGCAACCGUAACUUCUUCCGUUAGGGUUCCGUUCAAUCCCCUCCUCUCUCCGACGUCUCUUCGCCGCUUCGUUUCCUUCCGAUUAACCUCCAAGAAGCUUCCUCCUCUUCGUUCUCGCGGCGGCGCCACCGUUUCGUCUUCUUCCCUGAGUGUGAAAGCCAUGUCGGAGCUUGUUCAGGAUAAGGAAUCAACCGUCGCGGCGAGUACUACUUCUUUCAAUGAUGCCGAUGAGAGUAGUAGUAAUGCGACGACUCAUGAGCUUAACCAUUCUCGUACCUUCUUAGAUGCUCGCAGUGAACAAGAUCUUUUAUCUGGAAUCAAGAAAGAGGCAGAAGCUGGAAGGUUGCCUCAAAAUGUUGCAUCAGGAAUGGAAGAAUUGUAUUGGAACUACAAAAAUGCAGUUUUAAGUAGUGGAGCUUCCAGAGCAGAUGAGACUGUUAUAUCAAACAUGUCUGUUGCUUUCGAUCGUAUGCUUCUUGGUGUGGAGGAUCCUUAUACUUUUAGUCCGUAUCAUAAAGCGAUCAGAGAACCAUUUGACUACUACUUGUUUGUCCAUACAUACAUCCGCCCCUUAAUUGAUUUCAAAAAUUCUUACGUUGGAAAUGUUUCUAUUUUCUCUGAGCUUGAAGACAAGCUUCGGCAGGGACACAAUAUCGUGUUGAUAUCAAAUCAUCAAAGUGAAGCUGAUCCGGCAGUCAUUUCCCUGUUGCUUGAAGCACAAUGUCCUUACAUUGGAGAAAACAUUAAAUGUGUGGCUGGUGAUCGAGUCAUCACUGAUCCUCUUUGUAAGCCAUUUAGUAUGGGAAGGAAUCUCAUAUGUGUAUACUCGAAAAAGCACAUGAACGAUGAUCCUGAGCUUGUGGAGAUGAAAAGAAAAGCAAACACACGAAGCUUAAAGGAGAUGGCUACACUGCUAAGGUCUGGCUCCCAACUUAUAUGGAUUGCGCCAAGUGGUGGAAGAGACCGUCCUGAUCCUGCUACUGGAGAAUGGUUUCCAGCACCCUUUGAUUCUUCUUCAGUGGACAACAUGAGAAGAUUGGUCGAACAUUCUGGUGCUCCUGGACAUAUCUAUCCCAUGUCUUUACUUUGCUACGAUAUCAUGCCCCCUCCACCUCAAGUUGAGAAAGAAAUUGGAGAGAAACGAUUAGUUGGGUUUCACGGUACUGGACUAUCUAUUGCGCCCGAAAUCAACUUCUCAGAGGUCACAGCGGACUGCAAAACCCCUAACGAGGCGAAAGAAGCAUUUAGCGAAACUCUGUACAAGUCGGUGGACGAGCAAUACAAGAUUCUAACCUCUGCGAUCCAUCACAGAAAAGGAUUAGAAGCAUCAACUUCGACGGUCUCCUUAUCACAACCCUGGAAUUAG